AUGACUCUCACGCGCUCCCAAACGGGGAAAACCCCCAAGAAAAUGGAGCGCUCCGGUUAUAUCGAAACCCCCGGCCGUCGUUCCACCCGUAAGAGCUUAGCUUUCGACAUGAGCGAGAACGACGGCUCCGACUCGCCUGCCCCAAGGUCCAAGUCGACUACUCGUCGUCGCACGUCUGGCAAGGUCAAGGAUGAGGAGGAGGAGGAGUCGCCGUUGAAGCCCGCGACCAAUGGCAAGGCGGCCACUCCUAAGAAGACCAAGGCCCAGUCCAAGUCGCGCAUCGUGGAUGGCUGGGAGGAGGGACUCGACCCCAAAAUCGACUACAGCGGACACUACGAGUUCGGUGGCUCUAUGGGUGUUCUGUCUAUGAUGAUUGGUUUCCCAAUGCUCAUGUACUACAUGUGGAUUGGUGCGACUUACUACGAUGGCAAAUUCCCUACUCGCGAGGAGGGCCAGAGCUUCUCGGAGUUCUUUGCUCACAUGGGUCAAUUGGUUUACACUGGCGCAUUCCCAUCGCUCAAGGCUUGGACUAUCUAUUGGGUGUUCUUCCUCUUUGAGGGUGCCUGCUACGUGCUUCUGCCCGGUGUCUCUGUCUCGGGACGUCCGCUUCCGCACCUGGGUGGCAAGCAGCUGCCCUACUACUGCUCGGCUGUGUGGUCGUUCUACACUAGCAUUGUGCUCGCAUUGGCUCUGCACUUCACUGGUUUAUUCAAGCUUUACACUCUCAUUGAUGAGUUUGGUCCUCUUCUCAGUGUUGCCAUUCUGUCGGGCUUCCUGGUCUCUUUCGUUGCCUACUUCUCGACCCUGGCUCGCGGCGCGGAGCACCGUAUGACCGGAUCUCCUAUCUAUGACUUCUUCAUGGGUGCCGAGCUUAACCCACGCAUGUUUGGCAUUCUCGACUUCAAGAUGUUCUUCGAGGUCCGCCUGCCUUGGUUCAUCCUGCUGUUCCUUUCUAUGGGUGCUGCCGCUCGUCAAUGGGAGGUUUACGGAUAUGUGUCUGGCGAGGUCAUGUUCCUUGUCAUGGCACACUUCCUGUAUGCCAAUGCCUGCUCCAAGGGUGAGGAGUGCAUCGUGUCUACGUGGGACAUGUACUAUGAGAAGUGGGGCUUCAUGCUCAUCUUCUGGAACUUGGCUGGUGUGCCCCUCAGCUACUGCCACUGCACCAUCUAUCUGGCCAACCAUGACCCCAGCGAGUACCACUGGAACCGCUUCUUCCUCGCUUUCCUCUACGCCGCGUACCUGUUUGUCUACUGGGUCUGGGACACCACCAACAGCCAGAAGAACCGCUUCCGCCAACAAGAGCGUGGCACCAUGGUCAACCGUAACACUUUCCCUCAGCUGCCGUGGCAGACCGUGAAGAACCCCAAGACUCUCACUGCUGCCGACGGCUCCAAGAUCCUCGUUGACGGGUGGUACGGCAAGGCUCGCAAGAUCCACUACACCUGUGACCUCUACUUCGCUCUGAACUGGGGCCUGAUCACCGGUUUCUCGAGCCCCUUCCCCUGGUUUUACCCUCUUUUCUUCGCCUGCAUGAUCUCCCACCGCGCCCUGCGUGACAUCCAGCGGUGUCGCAUCAAGUACGGCGAGACCUGGCUUGAAUAUGAGCGCCAGGUGCCCUACCUGUUCAUUCCCUACGUCUUCUAA